AAAUAACUACGCUUUGGACUCUCUCCCACCAUCUCUCGUUUUCUCCUCGCUUCAAAAACCAUAUAAAUAAAGCUGCUAAUUCUCAUUUCCCACCUUGUGGAAAUACAAACACUCUCGGCUAUACUUUGUUCUUGGAAAAACAAAAAAAGCCUUUUGGCUACUUAAACGACAAAGAUAAGAAAAAUGAUCAUCGAUUCUAACCCGCCUCUACUCGACCAUUAUAAAGCUCUUCUAGACCACUCAUCCACCCUUCAAACCGCCGAAUGCGACGGUCACUUCGAUGGAGUGGCCGCGGAAGAAUGCCAACUCCCAAUGAUAGACCUCAAUGGCUUAAAAAGUGAUGAGGCAUUGGAGAGGGUAGAAUGUGCUAAAGCUAUUUCGAAGGCUGCAUCUGAGUGGGGAUUUUUCCAAGUAGUGAACCAUGGUAUAAGCCUUGAGCUAGUUAAGAAGAUGAGGAAAGAGCAAACAAAGUUAUUUGAAGCACCCUUUGAGGACAAAGCUACUUCUAGGCUCUUGAACAAUUCCUACAGGUGGGGGACGCCGACCGCGACUCGUCCAAGCCAGUUCUCGUGGUCUGAAGCUUUCCACAUUCCUCUAACAAAAGUUUCAGAAGAAGAUUGCUAUGGUGAUUUUAUCUCCCUAAGGGAGCCGACGGAAGAAUUUGCAGCAGCCAUGUCAAAACUAGCAAGGUCACUUGCAGGGGUUCUGGCGGAAAAUUUGGGCCACCGUAGACAAGUGUUUGAAGAAAUUUGUGACGAAAGCACGUGCUUUCUUCGCUUAAAUCGCUACCCAGCCUGCGCAGUAUCCUCCGAGAUUUUCGGUCUGGUGCCGCACACGGACAGUGGCUUCCUUACAAUUCUUCGUCAAGAUCACGUCGGCGGACUUCAGCUGAUGAAAGACUACAAAUGGGUGUCUGUAAAACCCAAUCCAGAGGCUCUCAUUGUCAAUAUCGGAGAUCUCUUUCAGGCAUGGAGCAAUGAUGUGUUCAAAAGCGUGGAGCACAGAGUGAUGACUAACAAGAUGGAGAGAUACUCAAUAGCAUAUUUCCUAUGCCCUUCUUAUGACUCCCUUAUUGGGAGCUGCAGAGAACCAUCUGUCUAUAGAAAGUUCACUUUUCGACAAUACAGAAGCCAAGUACAAGAAGAUGUUAAAAAGAUGGGAUAUAAAGUAGGCCUAUCAAGAUUUCUUCUUCAGGAUGAGAGUACACAUACAACGCUAAAGGCAAUGAAAACCAUGUAAACGCCUUGGAAAGCUGACUAGAACAAUAGAUAUAAUAUCAAGGCAUUCGAUUGAAGAAGCCCGCACUUUGCCUCGAGUUCAUGGAAUCAUCCUAGGUUUAUCCUAUGUUAUAGUAGCAGAAAUAUUUUCCAUUGACAAUUUUCACUGAAAGAAACAAAAGAUAAGAAACAGUACAAUAGCAUACGUGAUGUAUAUCAAACAGGCCGCGUAUAUACUAUAUCAUAUAAAUAUUUGUUCCAAUGUUUAG